CUCCGACAAGCUACUGUCUCAGAGUGUUGCCAAACCUUGGGUAUUCUCAAGACGGCAGUUUCGACUGGUUGACUGCACAAGGAAGGAGUUCCCAACCUGAGAGUUAAAACAAACCAGAGCGGACAGCGGAUCAGACCUGCUGAGGAUGGUCUGCAGAGGAGGGACAAUCUGACGUGUUACAGCUGAGGGAGCAUAACAUCCACAUUGGACGGAGUCGUGAAGCCAAGCAGGGGAUAGAAAUCAACAGACCUUUGCCCCCAUCCCUUCAACCUUCCCCUCCUUCCCCUCCAGACAAGAGCCCAGCACUCUGGCUGCGGCCUCACAUUCUCCAGCAGCCACCAACGCUGAUAGGUUGUCCCCCGGGGGCAGAGAAGUUCUGAUGGAAACCACCACCAUGACUGAGUUUGAAGACUUGUGUCACCCCCGCUCCACCUCUCCUGAAGACGAGACGGUGUGCUCAGCCCUGGCCCGGCAUGAGAACUCUCUGAGGGAUGCCAUCAGGGAGAUUCACAUGGACAUUGGCGCCUUUAAGAUGGGCAUGGAGCGUCGCUUAGAGGAGGCAGCCAACCUGAGUGGACCUCUUGGACGAACCGUGGCACAGCUGCAACAAGAAAACCGACAGCUCCGGAAUCAGCUGCAAGCCCUGACCCGGCAGGUGGAAUUGCUCAGCGGAAUGAUGUGUGAUCGCAGCCCUUCGCUUCACAAUAACCACACCAACAACCACAAGAGCCACUUGCAGGACAUACAGGAGAACCAUCAGGAAGUCAAGGAGGUCAUCUACGGCAAGGGAGAGGCUCAACUUCACAUUCAGCCCUGCACCCUAGGAGGCCAGGGCCAGACGUACGGGGGUCUGAGCAGCCCUGCCUCCUCUCCCAGUUCCAGCAGCCCUCCGACCGGAUCCAGAGUGUCGUCAGUGGUGACCGGAACCGUGCCCAGCAACAGCCCGUCCACCGCACGCUUCUCCAGCCGGGCCACCUUCGCCCUGUCCAAUAAAACCAAUAGUGUUGAACGUGAGGAGCCAAUAGAAGUGGACCCGGUCCCGACACGUGGAGGCCUGGAGAAUGGACACUCCACUGCUGCAGAACAUUCAGUGGCAGGACACGGGAAGACCUCUCCCCCAAACAACUUCCCAAAUGAACACACAGCUCCUGUUGCCAUGCGGAUGCCUCACCUCCCCAUUACGGCAACAACCAAAACAGCAGAACUGAGAGGGCUACCUGACUCGGACAGAAGCCCCACAGGGUCUCAUUCCUCACCUUUCUCUGAGGCCUUCGCCCUCAACCAGACCCCUGCCAGCUCCAACCCUCAACAGCAAAGAGCAGAAUCUCCGAUUCAGCCCGUCUCCUCCGUGAAGACUUGGACCCCAAAUCCCAUCAGAGCCAUGGGGUCUCCACGCUUACAAGAGAGGGUGAAUUCAGCUCCAGCCAAAUCUGUCACCUACUCAGGAAUAUCUGAACACAGGGAGGUUGAUGCUAUGGACAGGUUCUCUGGCCACGGUUGUGAGAGGAGGCGUGAGCUGGUGAGGUCACAAACUCUACCUCGAAGCAUCGGAGCACAGGCUCGCCGCUCCAUCUUCGAGAGACUGGACACCGAAGCUAUCAACGGGAGCCCCAAACAUGUAGAUCCCAAGCCCAAACUGAAGCGCUCGCAGAGUUUUGGAGUUUCCAGUGCCAGCAGCAUCAAGCAGAUCCUGCUGGAGUGGUGCCGCUCUAAAACCAUCGGGUACCAGAACAUAGACAUCCAGAACUUCUCGUCCAGCUGGAGUGAUGGGAUGGCUUUCUGCGCGCUGGUCCACUCCUUCUUCCCCACUGAGUUCGAUUACGAAGGGCUGACCCCCACCAACCGCAAACACAACUUUGAGCUGGCUUUUGGAACGGCAGAAGUGAAGGCGGGCUGUGAUCGACUCAUCGAGGUGGACGACAUGAUGAUCAUGGGCCGCAAACCUGACCCCAUGUGCGUCUUCACCUACGUCCAGUCUCUCUACAAUCAUCUACGCAAGUUUGAGUGAAGACCAGCCGGAGGAGAGGAGAGGUGCUUUGGAGAGAAGAUGUCGCCUCCUGGUGGCCGAGGAUGUUUCACACGCGCCACGGUCAUGCGUUUGUUGCUGAAGAACCCUGGGUGGUGUGCGCGCGCGUGUGCAAACCCAUGCAAUGAAGAUAAACGUCAUUUUUGUUCGCCCCGUGUUUUGAUGAAGAUGUACAGUGUUUGUGUGAUGCUUUGGUUUGUCUCCCUCCCUGAAUAACACGUGACAAGAGACGGUGCUCCUCAGAUGGACUUCAGAUGAUCGGCAGUUUGCUGAUCAUGCGCAGUGAAACAGUCGUCUUCAGUGACAAUGUGGCGAGUUCUGCGUGCGGCCGGCUGUGACGCGUGUGUUGAUUCGAAAAAGCAAUAAAUGUAAAUAAGUAUU